AUGUGCCAACCACCUUGUGCCGCCCUACGUGUGCCGCCCUACGUCUGCCGCCCUACGUGUGCCGCCCUACGUGUGCCGCCCUACGUGUGCCGCCCUACGUGUGCCGCCCUACGUGUGCCGCCCUACGUGUGCCGCCCUACGUGUGCCGCCCUACGUGUGCCGCCCUACGUGUGCCGCCCUACGUGUGCCGCCCUACGUGUGCCGCCCUACGUGUGCCGCCCUACGUGUGCCGCCCUACGUGUGCCGCCCUACGUGUGCCGCCCUACGUGUGCCGCCCUACGUGUGCCGCCCUACGUGUGCCGCCCUACGUGUGCCGCCCUACGUGUGCCGCCCUACGUGUGCCGCCCUACGUGUGCCGCCCUACGUGUGCCGCCCUACGUGUGCCGCCCUACGUGUGCCGCCCUACGUGUGCCGCCCUACGUGUGCCGCCCUACGUGUGCCGCCCUACGUGUGCCGCCCUACGUGUGCCGCCCUACGUGUGCCGCCCUACGUGUGCCGCCCUACGUGUGCCGCCCUACGUGUGCCGCCCUACGUGUGCCGCCCUACGUGUGCCGCCCUACGUGUGCCGCCCUACGUGUGCCGCCCUACGUGUGCCGCCCUACGUGUGCCGCCCUACGUGUGCCGCCCUACGUGUGCCGCCCUACGUGUGCCGCCCUACGUGUGCCGCCCUACGUGUGCCGCCCUACGUGUGCCGCCCUACGUGUGCCGCCCUACGUGUGCCGCCCUACGUGUGCCGCCCUACGUGUGCCGCCCUACGUGUGCCGCCCUACGUGUGCCGCCCUACGUGUGCCGCCCUACGUGUGCCGCCCUACGUGUGCCGCCCUACGUGUGCCGCCCUACGUGUGCCGCCCUACGUGUGCCGCCCUACGUGUGCCGCCCUACGUGUGCCGCCCUACGUGUGCCGCCCUACGUGUGCCGCCCUACGUGUGCCGCCCUACGUGUGCCGCCCUACGUGUGCCGCCCUACGUGUGCCGCCCUACGUGUGCCGCCCUACGUGUGCCGCCCUACGUGUGCCGCCCUACGUGUGCCGCCCUACGUGUGCCGCCCUACGUGUGCCGCCCUACGUGUGCCGCCCUACGUGUGCCGCCCUACGUGUGCCGCCCUACGUGUGCCGCCCUACGUGUGCCGCCCUACGUGUGCCGCCCUACGUGUGCCGCCCUACGUGUGCCGCCCUACGUGUGCCGCCCUACGUGUGCCGCCCUACGUGUGCCGCCCUACGUGUGCCGCCCUACGUGUGCCGCCCUACGUGUGCCGCCCUACGUGUGCCGCCCUACGUGUGCCGCCCUACGUGUGCCGCCCUACGUGUGCCGCCCUACGUGUGCCGCCCUACGUGUGCCGCCCUACGUGUGCCGCCCUACGUGUGCCGCCCUACGUGUGCCGCCCUACGUGUGCCGCCCUACGUGUGCCGCCCUACGUGUGCCGCCCUACGUGUGCCGCCCUACGUGUGCCGCCCUACGUGUGCCGCCCUACGUGUGCCGCCCUACGUGUGCCGCCCUACGUGUGCCGCCCUACGUGUGCCGCCCUACGUGUGCCGCCCUACGUGUGCCGCCCUACGUGUGCCGCCCUACGUGUGCCGCCCUACGUGUGCCGCCCUACGUGUGCCGCCCUACGUGUGCCGCCCUACGUGUGCCGCCCUACGUGUGCCGCCCUACGUGUGCCGCCCUACGUGUGCCGCCCUACGUGUGCCGCCCUACGUGUGCCGCCCUACGUGUGCCGCCCUACGUGUGCCGCCCUACGUGUGCCGCCCUACGUGUGCCGCCCUACGUGUGCCGCCCUACGUGUGCCGCCCUACGUGUGCCGCCCUACGUGUGCCGCCCUACGUGUGCCGCCCUACGUGUGCCGCCCUACGUGUGCCGCCCUACGUGUGCCGCCCUACGUGUGCCGCCCUACGUGUGCCGCCCUACGUGUGCCGCCCUACGUGUGCCGCCCUACGUGUGCCGCCCUACGUGUGCCGCCCUACGUGUGCCGCCCUACGUGUGCCGCCCUACGUGUGCCGCCCUACGUGUGCCGCCCUACGUGUGCCGCCCUACGUGUGCCGCCCUACGUGUGCCGCCCUACGUGUGCCGCCCUACGUGUGCCGCCCUACGUGUGCCGCCCUACGUGUGCCGCCCUACGUGUGCCGCCCUACGUGUGCCGCCCUACGUGUGCCGCCCUACGUGUGCCGCCCUACGUGUGCCGCCCUACGUGUGCCGCCCUACGUGUGCCGCCCUACGUGUGCCGCCCUACGUGUGCCGCCCUACGUGUGCCGCCCUACGUGUGCCGCCCUACGUGUGCCGCCCUACGUGUGCCGCCCUACGUGUGCCGCCCUACGUGUGCCGCCCUACGUGUGCCGCCCUACGUGUGCCGCCCUACGUGUGCCGCCCUACGUGUGCCGCCCUACGUGUGCCGCCCUACGUGUGCCGCCCUACGUGUGCCGCCCUACGUGUGCCGCCCUACGUGUGCCGCCCUACGUGUGCCGCCCUACGUGUGCCGCCCUACGUGUGCCGCCCUACGUGUGCCGCCCUACGUGUGCCGCCCUACGUGUGCCGCCCUACGUGUGCCGCCCAUGCUAUCAGCGGAAAGCAUCGCCACGCGCUACGGCGAUGGUUACGCACGAUGGUUUUGCGCGAUGGUUACACCUCAGGGAAUGGUUACCUGCGAGCUGCUCGCCGCGACGAGGAGCGCCAGCAGCAGCAAGCGGAGGCACACGUGGCGGUUUUCAGGGACAGAGGAGUGAAGGCGAACCAGGGGCUACAGUACUAA